AUUUUCGGCCAUGCCACAAUGGUUAUAAUUCUAGCCUGGGUGUUGCUGAGCUUCUUGGAUCCCAGUAAGCAGGACUUGUCUCCGAUUCUGGGUAAGACUCCGAAGGAGCCCUGUGCCACGGAUCAGGCAUGUGACCCUCGGCAGCGGAGAGAUGCUGGGGGACGUGGUGGUGUUUAUGAGCACCUUGGAGGAGCACCAAGACGCAGGAAGCUUUACUGUGCCACGAAGUACCAUCUGCAAAUACACCCAAAUGGGAAAAUUGACGGAUCUCUCGAAGAGAACAACCCAUACAGUAUAUUGGAAAUCACAGCGGUUGACGUCGGAGUGGUGGCGAUAAAGGGUCUGUUUUCUGGCAGAUAUCUGGCCAUGAACAAAAAAGGACGCCUCUACGCCUCGGAGGUGUUUAACCAGGAGUGCGAGUUUGUGGAGCGGAUCCAUGAGCUUGGCUAUAACACUUACGCGUCCCGGCACUACCGGACGGCGCCCCCGUCACCCCCGGGCACCAGGAGGCGAGCCAGCGCUGAAAGAUUGUGGUACGUGUCCAUCAACGGGAAGGGCCGGCCCAGGAGGGGCUGCAAGACACGCCGGACAGAGAAGGCCUCGCUCUUUCUGCCCAGGGUACUGGGAAGCAAGGACCACGAGAUGGUACACCUGUUCCAUACCAGCCGGGGGUACCAGGAGAACGCCCUGAGGCGGGCGGGACGGUCCGAGCGAAGGCGGAACAGGGAGCGGAAGUCAUCUGCCACGUCCAAAAAGUCAGACGACUGA